AUGUUCACUCAAGUGAUGGACCGCAUUCGCUGCGCGCAGCAGGAUCCUCAGAAACCUGCCUUUCUGCUACGCCAUCCGCGAAUACCGUCGUCCAUUCUGGCAUCCGCCGACCGUCCGCCCGCUGCUCCUCCCCCCUCUCCCGCCGCCACGUCGUGCCAACCACCACCGCCCGACCACGGCCUGCCUGCCUCCGCGGCGCCCUCACCGACUAUCGCGACGUGCACCGCCGACAAGCUGAGGUUCUCAGACUCCGUCGCCACCGACAACAACAACGACGACGACGACGUCGUCCCUGUGACGCUCGUGCGCGCGCGUUCGCCGCCUCCCAAGUACCUUUACUCCGGUCCGCCCUCCGAGGCAUCGGCGUCCACCUCCUUUUCGCUCGCUUCACCCCGUCCGCCGCCCCCGCCACCACUCUACCAAUUCGGCUCCGCCGAGGACCUUGCCGACGAACACUUCUCCAGCACAGAGAUUGUCGACGCAGCUGCAGCAUCACAAGCCUGUAACCCGACGUCAGGCGCCGCCCCAGCCUAUUCUUCACUUGACGACGCCGGGGCCUCAUCCUCGAAGCCCACUGCCACACACCAGGUAGUUGUUGCCGACACCAAACGCGCCCUUCCUCAGGACACCAAGGGAGAAUCCUCAGACCGCAAGACAGAGGAAGCCUCCGAGCCUCCGCCCGCCUACGAAGAGAGCUUCAGUCCGUUACUAUCAUUCACCUACAUCAUGGCUGCUGCCGGUGGUGCCUCGAGUAUCAUUACUCAAGUCCAGCAAGGAGGCCCUCCUAUCAAUUCCAUUGGAGAUGUCGGCGCCGAUGAGACAAUCACGAUGGACCUGCGGGGCACGCGCUUCGUCCUGUCCAGAGACGAGCUGCUCACCCUGCCCGAGUUCGUGCUACUCUCGCUUUUCCCCAAUGGACUAUUCCCGGAGGGCCACAUGGGUGGCUUCUCCGAAGGAGACGCGAUCCAGGUGGACUAUGACCCCGCUUCCCUCCAAUACAUGCUGGACUUCUUCCGCAAUGUUGCUCAAUCUAUCCCCAACGAGACUUCGCCCACAGCCUCACCAGAUGGUGGCGUUGUGCCUAUUGACUCUCUGGGUGGUCGUGGAGAGGAUGCCAGUAAGCGCGCUGGUAUCAUCGUCCUUCGCGAAGACCUGGAUUUCUACGCCAUCCCUCCACGCCCAGACAUUGGCCAGGCCGAGAUGAUUGAGGUCAAGCGUGCGGCGGCUCGGGCACUUCUGAAGCAGAAUGGCAUAUUCUCCGGCUUGAAGCGCAGCGAUGAGCCAGGCACUACUGAGGCGCAUCUUAUCGAGAUGCUAACAGCUGGCGGUUUCAACCACGACGAUCGCUGGGGUCACCGUGCCGGCGAGCCCAACAAGGCCGUCGUAUGCAGUCUUGCUCUUGCACGCCUCCGCAGCGACAUCAGGGGCAACGAGAUGGGCAGCAACGCCGUGGGAAUGGCGCAGAAGCUGCUGCUCUUCUGGCGCAAGCCGGCCCGGCGCUGCUGGUGGGAAGGCGUUGACCUGCAAGACGUCGAGGGCGUUGACGGGACACUGAAGGUCUGGAUCCGCAGGGUAUGGACGUUAGAGAUGAGCGUCAUCGGGCUGCGUUGAGAAGUUCUCCUCAAAAGAGCACGGCUUCUCUAUGAACAGAUGGACAGCCUCCGAGGGCUUGUCGCAUCUCCCAUCCAUUUCUAUACUCUCUCACCCUGCCUCUUCUUGCUUUUUCCCUCCCCAAUCUCCUUUCCCUUCCCGCGCCAGCAUACACACACACACACACACACACCUACACAACUCUGUCAGCAUCCGCGUUGUAACGAGCAAGCGACGACGUCCGGGCAUUGCCAAAUCCGCCAAUUGACUUACUUGAGCCGGUAUUCUCCCUUGUUGGCCGUGCCCGCCUAGGUACCAACAUGCAUGUGUGUACAUUCUCAUCCACACCAAGGACAGCAGCAACAUGCAUGCGAUGAGCUUCACUUUUUUUUUUUUUUUAAAUCUCCCAGUCUUGGUUGGGGGCUAGCCUAGAUACGCACAUGUUUUCUCUUUUUGGCUACGAGUAGAAAAAGUUUCUUCCCUAGGGUGUCGUUUGCAUCGUUGUUGUGGCUUUGCUUG